AUGUUCGACAUGCAUUUACUGUACUGCCUUAUACUUGCGUCAACGACUAUUGCAGCUCCUGCUAUAGGCGGCAAUGGAUCCUCAACUGUCGGAACUGCUGUACCAGUAACACAGAUCGUUGCACCAGCAGGCAAUAACCCGAACUUUCAACCCUAUCCUCAAGGCACCGAUGAAAUACCUCAGCCCAUCAACAGAGACCUCGGUGCCCCACUUAUGGCACCCGACAAUAUCGCUAUUAGUCAACAAAAUCCGGAUCUCCUUGCUCCUCCGUCGACUGACCAUGGCUCGGUGGAAAAUGCAAAGUGGCCUUUCGCUUUGAGUCAUAACCGUCUUCAUACAGGCGGCUGGGCACGCCAGCAGAAUGUGGAUGUAUUGCCCGUUGCCACUAAUAUGGCAUCGGUUAACAUGCGUCUUGCAGCAGGCGCCAUCCGCGAGCUGCAUUGGCACACGUCAGCUGAAUGGGCUUACGUUUUAAAGGGAACUGUCAUAGUCACUGCUGUCAACACUGACGGUCAGAACCCAGGUGACCUUUGGUUCUUCCCCGCCGGCAUCCCCCAUUCCAUUCAAGCAACCGAUGAUGAUCCCCAGGGGAGUGAAUUUGUUCUGGUCUUUGAUGAUGGUACUUUCAGCGAGACCUCGACAUUCCAGGUGACAGAGUGGACUGCACACAUGCCGAAGGAAGUAUUAGCAAGGAACUUCAGGGUUGACAUGUCUGCAUUUGAUCAUAUCCCAUCGGAGGAGUUAUUCAUUUUUCCAGCUGCUGUGCCUUCAAAAGAUCAGGCAGAUACCACAGGUCCUGCAGGGACCGUACCGAACCCUUAUACAUACAAGCUCUCCCAGGCGCCAGAAGUUCCGCUGGCAGGUGGUUGGUGGAAAGUCUUUGAUACGAGUGUCUUCCCUGCAGCCAAUACUAUUGUCGGCGCCCUCGUCUCAGUUGAACCUGGAGCGAUCCGAGAACUUCAUUGGCAUCCAACUCAACACGAGUGGAGUUUUUUCCUUUCUGGAACUGCCAGAAUGACUCUCUUCGCUGGUCGAUCCGACGCACGCACAUUUUCCUAUCAGACCGGUGACGUUGGGUAUGUCCCGCCUUCUUACGGUCAUUACAUCGAGAACACUGGCAACACGACUUUGCAAUUCCUUGAGCUCUUCAAUGCAGAUCGUGUGGAAGACAUCAGCCUGGCACAGUGGCUUGCUCUCACUCCGCCUGAGCUCGUUAAAGCUCAUUUGGAACUUGACGACGCGAUGAUUGCCAGCUUGAACAAGACGAAGCAGAUUGUUGUUGCUCCGUCUUGA